AAAUGAAAGCUAGAGAGAUGACUAUCUAAUGGUGAAGAUAAUUUUUGUAUUUUUUUUUUAAUUAUGGUCCUCUCAUGGCGGAUAAGAUGAGACCAGUCCAGAGGCUCUUGUUCUUCUUCCCUUUUUCUCUCUAACGUUUUCCUCACUUUCUUAUUAUUAUUAUUUUUUUGCUUCGGGUUCAAGUCAGCUAUGGUGGCUAUGGCCUCUGCUUCUGGUUCAGCUCUUUGUUUUACUGAUGCUUCUAGUUCUCCCGCUAUCAGACGUGAUGUUGGAGCUUUCUGUCUUCCUCCUAGCACAAUCACGUUUGGUUAUGUCGAUAAGCCUAUUAUAAAUCUUCAGCGACUCAGAUUAUCAAGUUUGAAGCCACGAGCUGCAAACGCUACUGCUGUGGAGCAAGGUGGAAGUGCAGCUGAUUCUGACAAAGUUCCAACUCCAGUGGUCAUAAUCGACCAAGAUUCUGACCCUGAAGCAACCGUUCUGGAAGUUACAUUUGGAGACCGUCUCGGAGCUCUGCUUGACACUAUGAAUGCGCUCAAAAACUUGGGUCUAAAUGUCGUCAAGGCUAAUGUCUAUCUCGAUUCUUCUGGCAAGCACAACAAAUUUGCCAUUACUAAAGCGGAUAGCGGAAGAAAAGUAGAAGACCCUGAGUUGCUCGAGGCCAUCCGUCUCACUGUCAUAAACAAUUUGCUCGAGUUCCAUCCUGAAUCAAGUUCUCAGUUGGCAAUGGGAGCAGCUUUUGGUGUUCUUCCACCAACUGAACAGGUUGAUGUGGACAUUGCAACACAUAUAAAAAUUGAAGAUGAUGGAGCAGACCGCAGUUUACUAUACAUAGAAACAGCGGAUAGGCCUGGACUAUUAGUUGAGCUUGUGAAGAUGAUUACAGAUAUCAGUGUAGCUGUCGAAUCUGGAGAAUUUGACACCGAGGGUCUCUUGGCUAAGGUUAAGUUCCACGUAAGUUACAGGAACAAAGCCCUAAUCAAGCCUCUCCAGCAGGUUCUUGCCAAUAGUCUGAGGUACUUCUUGAGGCGUCCAUCUACUGACGAAUCCAGUUUCUGAAAAUGCAAUUUUUAAGAAAAAAAAAAAGAAGUACAAAUUGAAAUAUCAUCUGUUUACAUUUGACCAAAAUAAGCUGCUUCAUUUUAGUGGCCGUUUCAUACAUCUGUAAUAGUAACAUUUUCUCUACUUCGAUCAGUUAUCAAAUUUACCUUUAUCCA